CUUCUUAACCAUAAAUAACCACAAAAACCACACAAAAACAAUAGUACACAAACAUAACUCGUUCAUUCAUUUUUCCUCGAACACAAAAAAAACACCAUGUGUCCUUCUGGCCGAACCCUCCGCCCUCAACCUUCCACGUCAGAUUUUCGUCCGGCAUUCGACAUUCUAGACGCCGAUUCCGACGGCAAAAUAAGCCGCGAAGACCUCCGCUCGUUCUAUGCCACCGUUAGCGGAGGCGUCAAUGGCGGAGACGACGCCAUCCGUGCGAUGAUGUCGGUAGCGGACACGAACAUGAACGGAUUCGUGGAGUACGAGGAAUUCGAACGCGUGGUAAGCGGAAACGGAGAAAAGAAACCGUUAGGAUGUGGGGCCAUGGAAGAUGUGUUUAGGGUGAUGGAUAGAGACGGUGACGGUAAACUUAGCCACCAUGAUUUGAAGAAUUAUAUGGCUUGGGCUGGCUUUGUUGCCACCGAUGAUGAAAUAAGCGCUAUGAUCAAAUUUGGUGGUGGCGAUCGAGACGGUGGCGUUAGUUUUGAUGGUUUGGUUCGUAUAUUAGCUUUUGAUCAUUCCGCCGCCUCUGCUAAUUGAUUUUGGGUUGGGAUAUUGCGGAAUUCUUCGAGGCUUUGGAAAAUCCUUUUUUGUGGAGGUCGGUGUUUGUAUGCCCUUAAGCUACUUACUCCAUUCUAGUGAAAAAAUAGAUAAAUAGAUGUAUUUGAUUUAAAUUUAAAUUAAAUAUAUCGUUUUUUUUUUUUAUAUAUAUUUUACGAUUGAGGGAACAUAUGUUAUUUUGUAUAGUGAGAAUUUAAGUUGAGCAUUUCCAAAAGAUGUACGUUUGUUUUCUGCGAAUUUAUGGUUGAGCGCUAAGAUGCAAUGUGAAAUUAUGAAUGAAUGGAUGUAUUACUGUGAGCUUAAUUUAUUCGUUAGAUAUGCACUAAGAAGUUACUUUGUUUUUUAA